GCACUGACAGCGGGGGGCGGGAGCGGGAGCGGGGGGGAGAACCCGCCCGUCGCAGUGGCGUCACGAGGAAACCCCGCCCUCGCCGUAACGCGCUGCCUCACUGCAGCCAGUGCACAGACCAGGAAUCUCCGCGGGAAAUGGAGGAAGAGGAUGAGGACAGCACGGACUGGCAGUCAGGAGAUUGGGGUCCGGCCAGCCUGAGCGGGCCUAGUACACAACCUCAACGUAAAUACAGCUCCUCUAUAUAACACACAGUGUAACACAGCUCUUCUAACCUCUAUAUAACACACAGUGUGUAAUACAGCUCCUGUAACCUCUAUAUAACACACAGUGUGUAACACAGCUCCUGUAACCUCUAUAUAACACACAGUAACACAGCUCUUCUAACCUCUAUAUAACACACAGUGUGUAAUACAGCUCCUGUAACCUCUAUAUAACACACAGUGUGUAACACAGCUCCUGUAACCUCUAUAUAACACACAGUAACACAGCUCUUCUAACCUCUAUAUAACACACAGUGUGUAAUACAGCUCCUGUAACCUCUAUAUAACACACAGUGUGUAACACAGCUCCUGUAACCUCUAUAUAACACACAGUGUAACACAGCUCUUCUAACCUCUAUAUAACACACAGUGUGUAAUACAGCUCCUCUAACCUCUAUAUAACACACAGUGUGUAAUACAGCUCCUCUAACCUCUAUAUAACACACAGUGUGUAACACAGCUCCUCUAACCUCUAUAUAACACAGUGUGUAACACAGCUCCUCUAACCUCUAUAUAACACACAGUGUUUAAUACAGCUCCUCUAACCUCUAUAUAACACACAGUGUGUAACACAGCUCCUCUAACCUCUAUAUAACACACAGUGUGUAACACAGCUCUUCUAACCUCUAUAUAACACACAGUGUGUAAUACAGCUCCUGUAACCUCUAUAUAACACAGUGUGUAACACAGCUCCUGUAACCUCUAUAUAACACACAGUAACACAGCUCUUCUAACCUCUAUAUAACACAGUGUGUAAUACAGCUCCUGUAACCUCUAUAUAACACACAGUGUGUAACACAGCUCCUGUAACCUCUAUAUAACACACAGUGUAACACAGCUCUUCUAACCUCUAUAUAACACACAGUGUGUAAUACAGCUCCUCUAACCUCUAUAUAACACAGUGUGUAACACAGCUCUUCUAACCUCUAUAUAACACACAGUGUGUAAUACAGCUCCUCUAACCUCUAUAUAACACACACCGUGUAACACAGCUCCUCUAACCUCUAUAUAGCACACAGUGUGUAACACAGCUCCUCUAACCUCUAUAUAACACAGUGUGUAACACAGCUCCUGUAACCUCUAUAUAACACACAGUGUGUAACACAGCUCCUGUAACCUCUAUAUAACACACACCGUAUAAUACAGCUCCUGUAACCUCUAUAUAACACACACCGUGUAAUACAGCUCCUCUAACCUCUAUAUAACACACAGUGUGUAAUACAGCUCCUCUAACCUCUAUAUAACACACAGCGUGUAACACCGCUCCUGUAACCUCUAUAUAACACACAAACCAACACAACUUUCCUGUAACCUCUAUAUUACACAGUGUGUAACUCCUCUAACCUCUAUAUAGCACACAGUAUUAUAACACAGCUCUCUAACCUCUAUAUAACUUUUACAAGUGCUUAACACAACUCUCUAACUCUAUAACACACAGUGUAUCCUCUAACCUCUAUAUAACUUACACAGUGUAACACAGCUCCCUCCUAACCUCUAUAUAACACACAGUGUGUAGCCAGCUCCUCUAACCUCUAUAUAACACAGUAUUAAUACAGCUCCCCUCUAACCUCAUAACAAUUAACAACACAGCUCCCUCACCUCUAUAUAACACAGUGUAUAAUACAGCUCCUCUAACACUAUAUAACACACAGUGGCCUUAAUACAACUCACCUCUAACCUCUGUAUAAUUAGCCAACACAGCUCCUGUAACCUCUAUAUAACACACAGUAACACAGCUCUUCUAACCUCUAUAUAACACACAGUGUGUAAUACAGCUCCUGUAACCUCUAUAUAACACACAGUGUGUAACACAGCUCCUGUAACUUCUAUAUAACACACAGUGUAACACAGCUCUUCUAACCUCUAUAUAACACACAGUGUGUAAUACAGCUCCUCUAACCUCUAUAUAACACACAGUGUGUAACACAGCUCCUCUAACCUCUAUAUAACACACAGUGUGUAACACAGCUCCUCUAACCUCUAUAUAACACAGUGUGUAACACAGCUCCUCUAACCUCUAUAUAACACAGUGUAAUACAGCUCAUCUAACCAAUAUAUAACACACAGUGUAAUACAGCUCCUCUAACCUCUAUAUAACACACAGUGUAAUACAGCUCCUCUAACCUCUAUAUAACACACAGUGUAAUACAGCUCCUCUAACCUCUAUAUAACACACAUUGGGACACAGCUCCUCUAACCUGUACAUAACACAUGGUGUAAUAUACCUGCAUGAUGGUAAUCCCAUACAGCUAAUCUAACCUCUGGAAAACAUAUGGGAGCCUACUUUGUGAUCUAAUUACCACAUACCUUUCCAAUAUCUCUGUAUAACACACAUUUAAGUGUAAUAUGCUAUACAGAAUGUUUGGGGCAAGUUGACUAAAGCUUCCGUAGACAUCUGUGGAACACACUGUACUGUACAUAAUAUACUAUAAUAAAUAUGAGAAUAGAUGGGAAGGAUGUGCAUGCCACAAGCACAACUUGAACAAUAGCAGAAAUUACCCAUUUGUUGUCAGUCUUUUUGCUUUAGCAAUGUUUGCAAAUUGCUUCUACUAUAAGUACUAUGUGUACCAUAACCUGUGCAACAAGUGACCUUUUACAGAGUCUAUGUUUCAGAAACAGAAAGUUAAUACCAUACUUAUCAAUAUUUUUGUUUACCUGAUAUAGGUCAUGACAGCACUACAGAUGGGUAUAGCUCUUCCCAGUCCUCAGUAGGUCAGGAACAAUUCCUAAUUAUACAAUAAAAGACUCCUUCGCUUGCCCCAUCAGUCUUAGUCCAAAGCUACUAGCAGAAAAUCAAUUAAGGGCAGGACUGUAGUGCUGACAUGGCCUAUAACUGGAAACAAAAAUUUCGGUAAAUAUGGUAUACAUUUUCUGUUUCCCUGGAUAUAACCAUGGCAGCACUACAGAUUUAUUUAUAAAAUAUUUUACCAGGAAAGAUACAUUGGAAUUUAUCUCAUUUUCAAGUAUGUCCUGGGUCAUAUGGGUUAUGGAAAAAAACAAACAAAGAUUAAUGUAAAAGAAAAACAUUAAUUUACAAAAUUAACUAUAAGGCAGCAGAAAAACACUUCUAUCAAAUUCCGAGGUAGAAGACCUAGCUACGUUUAGCCGAUAAUGAUGGAUUAAUGUGGUAAAUGAGGACCAGGUUGCUGCUAAACAAAUGCAGUCAAGAGAAAUAUUGGCUGGAUCUGUCCAUUAGGUGGCCAAUGAUCUGGUGGAAUGAGCUCGAUGACCCACUGAAACGCCAGAAGGUUUGUAAACUUGAACAAUGCUUGAGAUUAUUCACCGGCCAAUAGAAGAAGUAAAAGCAACUUGACUCAUCUUGUUUCCUGAAGGAAUGAUGAAAAAGCUAGAUGUUUUCCUUCUGCCAGCAGUACGAUUUAGGUAAGCAUACAGACAACAAACCAGGUCUAGUCAAUGCCAUUUCUCUUCUUCCUCAGAUGAGGGAUGGGGGAAGAAGGCAGGCAAAGGAUGUCUUGGUUAAUAUGGAAGGAGGACACCACUUUAGGAUUAAAGACUGGAAUUUUAUGAAGUAUGACUCUAUUUUCGUGUAGGAUCAGAAAGGUCGACUUGCAUGAAAGAGCCCUAAGCUCUGAGAUCCUUCUUCCUGAAGUGCCACCAGUAGGACGGUUUUCACAGUCAAGGAUGAGAGAAAUCCUCUAAAGGUUCGAAUGGAGUACAAAACAAGGCCUGCAACACCAGAGGCAAGUCCCAUGAAGGAAAGCAAUACUUAAUUAGAGGGCAGAGUUUUAGAACCGCUUGAAAAACCCUGAUAAUAUCAGGAUCAAAAACCAGCUUAUGAUAUAAAAGAGCAGAUAGAGGUGAAAUCUGCACUUUAAAGGAACUGAGGCUAAAACCUUUUUCAAAUCCAUCUUGAAGGAUGUUACUGGUACUAGGAGACUGAGAAGGGGCCUCAUGAACAACACAUCAAUUACAGAAAAUGUCCCAUAUGCAGGAAAAGCCUGAAGAAGUCGACUCUUUUUUUGUUGUAUUGAGCAAGGUGUUGCUUACCGAUGCAGAAAAGCCUUUCUUUAAGGAGUCGUUGACUUUUAAAUUUCCAAGCCAUCCAUUUCAGAGAAUGGGGUGCAUGAUGAAAAACCGGGCCCUGGUGUAACAGAUGAUAAUGGCAUGACAGAUUCAGGAGGAGCCCUGAGAUAACUUCUGCAGCAGAGAAAGCCAAGGGUGUCUGGGCCAAUGUGGGAUAACUGCUAGAAUGGUAACUUGCUCCUGUUGGAUUCUCCUCAGUAGAGGGAAUAUCAGAGGGGUUAGGGGGAAAAUAUCUCAGUUGGAACUUUAACUCGCAACAUAAUGCAUCCCUGUUGAAAAGGCGUCAGGACGCCCAUGUGAAAAUUGGAAUGCGUUCCAACAUUGAAGCUGAACCAAAAAGGUAGAAAAAAAUACUGAACAAGACAAGAGUGGAAAAUAAAGAGGAGGCCCUCCAGCACCCCUGUAAGGGUCAAUAGUUUUUACCAACAGACCAUUGCUCUUUCAUUUCUCCCUUUCCUUAUCCAGAAUAGCCACCACAAGUGGGAAAGCUAGAAUACCCCAGGACUCCAAUCAGGUAUGUGUGCUCUGAACGAGAAUUAUCACCUCAGGGGGUCUAGCAUGUCCAGCUGUUACCUAAAGGAUCACUGCAGCGUAACUUCCCGGUGGAUAUGGGGAGAGUCCUCUAGGGCAAUGCUCCUCGGCCCUCUCCCCAAGGCACACCUAACAGUCCAGGAUUUAGGGAUUACCCUGGUGUGUCUAAGGAGUUUAGUUGUGGUGUUUUUUUUUUUUUUUUAAACACCUUAAACUCCAAGAUGUGUGUUUUUUCUUUUUUUCUUCUAAACACCUUAGACACACCUGGGUAAUCCCUAAAUCCUGGACUGUUAGGUGUGCCCUGAGGAGCACUGCUCUAGGGGGUUGCGCUUAGUGAGGUGCUGUGCUUGAGGUUUCCAUGGGGAGAAUGGCUGAACUCACCAUGGGCUGAGGUAAUCUUAGACCCGAGUAAGCCACAAAAGAGAGAAAAAAAAAUGGAGGUGCAAAAACAUCUUAUUUCUAAGUGUAGUGGUAAGGAAAAACGACUCUUAUUCUUUUAAAAAGAAGCUGUUCCUGUCCAGUUGAGGAGUGGGAGGAGCUGAUGAUUUUGAAAUUGGUUGUUAACCUUUUAAGCUUUAACCCCUUAAGGACCAAACUUCUGGAAUAACAGGGAAUCAUGUCAUGUGUCCUUAAGGGGUUAAACAUUUAAAGAGAAAUCUGUUUAUGGAAAAGUAUAUCCAUUUUGCCCUGAUAAGUGUCAAAUAUACCGCACGCUGAAAAGGUAAUCUGGUUAACCAGCCCACCAUAAGUAUAGCUUUACGAUCAACACAUAGGUCAGUCAUUUUCAUAUGCUGUCUUUGCAAAUAUAUUUUUAAGCAGCAAAUUAAUCUUAAAGAAACAAGUUUUUCCAUCGUGUUGUUAAAGGCUUGAUCUAAAACUUUUUAUUUAUUUAGUUCCCAGGAAUUCCGGAACUUCAUGCAAAGCUGGGAGCAGAGUUAUCAUACACAUAGACAUGGAUUGCUUCUAUGCCCAAGUUGAAAUGAUUCGAAAUCCACACUUGAAGACAAAACCUCUUGGUAAUGUGUCUAUUUUCCACCAGGCGAAAAUAAAAUGUAUGGUAGGAAUACAGUUCUGUAAUGCUGACAGGGUUAUUUACUAAAAUUCUCUUUCAACUAUGCUUCAGUGUUGGUCUAAAAUGUAAAUUUCACCUCUAAUUCUCACUUGAGUGCACAACCCUGGAAGUAAAUGAUUAUACUACACAGUGUGAAGAAUCUCCAAUAUAAUGUGUGAUUCCGUCUAUUUUGGAUGGAAAUGAUAACCUGAGACCACUGGGCGAACGCUUAGAAAAUAUACAGAUUCUGAUAGUCAUCUAGUGAUAUGUGCAGUUACGAACUGUCUGAAGUAUCUUGGCUAAUUCCUGGUUUAACACUGACCAGUGGGAGAAUUCCUCAUGUACGCGUACAGUGUUUCCCUAGUGGAGUCAUCUCCUUGUGAAAUGACUUAAGGGUGGAAACAGUGAGUGAUGAUCGCACAGGUGGGUGGUUUUGGUUUUUAUUUACUUGAACUUGCAUUACCGUUCAUUAAGAGACUAGGCCAGGCCUGAAAAACCUGUAGCCCCCCAGAUGUUUUGAACUACAACUCCCAUGAUUCCAUGGCUAGCUGUUUCAUUUAAAAAAAAAACAUAGGCGUUGGCUUUUUCAUUCAAUGAAUCAUAGGGGUUGGCUAUUCGUUUAAUUCAAAGAAUCAUGGGAGUUAUAGUUCAAAACAUCUGGGGGUGCAGGCCUAGACUAGGCAAAUGGAAUAUUGAUUUAUAAAGCGCUAUGGAAUUUGUUGGUGCUAUAUAAAUAUAAUAAUUAUUGGUUGGGGAACAUUGAUAUCAUGUGAGUAAAACAAUUGAGAUGGCACUCACCAAACUGGAUUAGGACCACAUUAAUCGCUGUGCUUGAAGUUCCAGAGCGGCACACUCCAAUACAAUAAAAACAAAGGAAAAGAUUCAGCACCCACAAUGUCUCAGGACAGCUCUUUAUUAUGAACCCACAAACAAAGCUUCAGUACAGACAAUGCGGGGCUGAAACCUUGUUUAUGGUUUCCUAAUAAAGAGCUGUCCUGGGACAUUGUGAAUGCCAGAUCUUUUCGAUUGUAUCGUUUUUGUGUGAGGCUCGUACAAUGUUGCUUUCACCCUUACAUUUUGGAAGAAAUGACAGCUGUGGAAUUUGGAUAAUUUUUUUUUUUUUUUUUUUUUUUUACUGAAGCAACUGUUUAAAAAUGAAUCGUUUAUAAUGACUUGAAAAUUACUUAUUGUUUGGGGUGUUUGUGUUUUUUUUUUUGUAUUUAUUUUCAGGAGUUCAACAGAAAAACAUUGUGGUUACUUGCAAUUACGAAGCCAGGAGCCUGGGUGUUCAUAAACUGAUGUUAGUCAGAGAAGCAAAGGAUAAGUGUCCACAGUUAGUGCUGGUUAGUGGUGAGGAUCUGACUCACUACCGAGAAAUGUCUUACAAGGCUACAGGUACUUAGUAAUAUUUUGAAAUUGUGUGUUUGAAAAAGAAUUUACAGGGAAAUGACAUUUCAGAUUAUGGCACUUGCUGAAAAAAUUUAAAUGUAAAAUAUUUUCUUUUUAUUGAUAUUGCAACGAAAAUGACACUGAAAUAAAUAGCAGGAAGAAUAUAAUAAUCAAUUAGAUGGCACCAUCUCUUUGUAGAAUAGGACCAUGAUUUAAUACCUUUUUUUUUUUUUUUUUUUAUUUUAUGUAUAACGAGACCCUCUUGUUGGCUAUAAAAAAAAUCAUAUGUGAUCGGUUUAUAACAAUCACAACUUUUGGAAUGGGAAUAAGUAAGACAGGCAUUCAUACAGAGAAGCAGAAAUAUUGAUUCAAAACCAGUUUAUACUAAAGAAAAGCAAAAUCAAAUCAUGAGUGCACAUGAAUUUGGAUUGCCAGUAUUUAUGUAAUUUUGCACUCUCCCAUCCAUAACACUAUAUUUUGUUUUGGAAAAAGUAAACACUGAAAAAUGAGCAUUAUAUUAUUGGCUUCAAAUCGAUUUGAAACAUGUCAUAUAUUUUCAAAAUUCAGCCUUUAAAGGAUCACUAUUGGGUCAGGAACACAAACAUGUAUUCCUGACCCUAUAGUGUUAACACCACCAUCUAGGCCCCUCAUGCCUCCAUAAAUAUAGUAAAAAUCUUACUGUAUUCAAACCAGAAGCUGUAAAUCUGCAUGCUGUUAGACCAGGCCCGGACUGGCCAUCGGGCACACUGGGCAAAUGCCCGGUGGGCCGCGGUGGCCAUGGGCCAAGGCCGGCAGGGGAGGUUACAGGAUCUCCCCUGCCGGUCUAUGCAGGGCCGGCACUAUCCGAGCGCUGCCCCCGCUGUUUGCCAUGACGGAUCAAAGAUCUCCCUCACCGGCCCACUUAAAUAGACCUGCAGCUGGGGAGGGAGAGGAGAACCUGGCGGAGCUCUAUCUUGCAGCUCCUCCGGGUUCCUCUCGCGAUAUCGGGAGCGUUUUACUCCGCCGAUCUCGCGAGAGUGAACUCUAGCCCACAGGACCACCAGGGAUGGUGUGAGAGUGCCGCUUAGUUAUUUUUCAUUUCCCCCCCCCCCCAACACAUAAUCCCUUCUAACAUUUAUACACAGCACUAUCGCCCACAGCACUCUCGCCCACAGCACUCUCGCCCACAGCACUCUCGCCCACUCGGCACUCUCGCCCACUCGGCACUCUCGCCCACUCGGCACUCUCGCCCACUCGGCACUCUCGCCCACUCGGCACUCUCGCCCACUCGGCACUCUCAUACACGGCACUCUCAUACACGGCACUCUCAUACACGGCACUCUCAUACACGGCACUCUCGUACACAUCAUACACAGCACUCUCACACACACCGCACCCUCACACACAGCAUCCAUCACACACACACAUACUGCACCCCUCACAUACACACUACACCCCUCACAUACACACAGAAGCCCCCGACACACUGCAACACACCCACACACACAAUAUUUCCAAACAUAUUUAUAUAAUAUAUAUACACACACUACACUCCUAACAUACACACUAAAUUCCUUGUAAGCAAACACAUACUACACCCCUAAACACACACUCUCUACAAACACUACAUCACCUAUACACACACACACACUAUAGCCUGUAUGCACACUCUUGCUACAUCCCCUAUACACACAUUCUCUACAGCCCCUAGCCACAUAUGCAUUACAUUACGCCACAAACACAACACGACUAAAACCGACCUUAUUACACAAUACCACACCACAAUCAGCUCACUCUACACACACGCAAUACCACAAGCAGGCUUGAAACACAUGCACAAUACUCUUUCCUGGCAUUUUUGUCUCCUGGUGUCACCAGAGACAAGUUGCAAGGAAACACAGUGCAAGCAUGUUAUUAAAUUUGCUUGUGCUGUGCAGAACAAAUGCAGGGCUUUUUUCUCAUGCUAGAGCUCUUCGGCAGAGCACUGCGCAUGGUCUGCCCUGGAAGAGCAUUGAACCAACAUGCUCACUUUGAGAGGGGGCGUGUUUGUCAUUAGUGAUACAAAACACACCCUCUCUGCCCCGCCCCCCUUCUUAAUGGGCCGCUGUGAUAAAAAAAAAUGCCCGGGCGAAUUUUUUUUUCCCAGUCCGGCCCUGUGUUACUCAGGAAAAACAAGCAGUCUGCUGACAUAUGGUAUCCUGAUCCAAUCACAGUGCUUCCCCAUAGGAUUGGCUGAGACAGACAAAGAAGCAGAUCAGGGGCAGAGCCAGCAUGAUUCAAACACAGUCCUGGUCAAUCAGCAUCUCCUCAUAGAGAUGAAUUGAAUCAAUGAAUCUCUAUGAGGAAAGUUCAGUGUCUGCAUGCAGAGGGAGGAGAUACUGAAUCACAGGAUGCUGUGUACAGUGCUGCCCUGUGCUCUGCUGACAGCAGAUCUGAGUGGAUGGAGGCAUAUUAUGCCUCCAUCAACUCCGAAGUCCCUCUGGUUCACACUGAGUGACUGCAACUUCUCAGAAAAUACAGUGUUUACACGAGAGGCUGCAGGGAGCUAUAGUUCUCACCUGAACAACCUCAUUAAGCUGAAGUUGUUCAGGUGACUAUAGUGUCCCUUUAAGCUUUUUUAAUAAAUAUAUAUCACCUAAAGUCCUUGUAUAUGUUAAAUCCAUUAAAGGGACACUAUACGGAAUGCUUUUUAGCCUGUCACAGCUUCCCUUUGCAGGUAUGAAUUUGGAUGGCAAAGGAAGACUGUAAUCUCUGCUUUAAUGAUACCUCCAAUACAGACUAGCUUGGUGGUGUCCAGUGAAUAUCAUACAAUGUCAAGCUACUUGAAAUUGGUUUAACACUGAAUGGAAGGACAGCACCAGAGUACUCCAUGCACUAUAAUUAAUUCAAUGAGAUGAAAUGACUAUAGUGCCUACAGCAGGGGUAGGCGACUUUUAGAACUUCAGAUGUUGUGUAUUACAUCUCCCAUAAUGCUGGCAAGCAUCAGGGGAAGUGUACUCCACAACAUCUGGAGUGUCGAAGGUUGCUACUGCUGAACUACAGUGUCCCUUUAAAUCCUUUUGCAGUAUUCAAUGAGUUGAAAUAUAAACACACUUCCCUCCACCACCUGAAACAUUUAGUGGGUUCUUCCAUUUUGACGAUCAUGUUCCCAUACAAUCUUUUUGGUACCCAGCUGUAUAAUCUAUUUAAGUUGGGGGUAAAAACACAACUAACAUUAUUUUUCUGUUUGAAUCAAUAUAUAUAUUCUUCUCAAACAAAACUGUGUUUCUCUUUAAAUAAGUUUGUCAGACAUAACUUCUACAAGUUGCCCAAAUAGGAACGAGAGCUAAAGAAAGGCAGAAAGCAAUCCUUUUUAAAAGAUCAUCCGUAGUUCUUCCUUUCACAAAUUCAUCAAAAUCCUCGGUUUAGUUUCAGUGAAUCAUGAUACCGAAGGAACUAAACAAUAAUUCAUUUUACUGAUGACAGUGGCGUUUUGCUCGACUGCUUUUGUUGAUAACAUCAUACUUUCUUCCAGAACUGUUGGAGGAGUUCAGCACAAGGGUGGAAAGGCUUGGAUUUGAUGAAAACUUCAUUGAUGUCACAGAACUGGUAGAUAAAAAAUUGCACAAGUUGCAACAGAAUGAUAGCAAUCUAGAGGUCUCUGUGUCUGGUCAUGUGUACAACAAUCAGCGUAAGUUUUUAUAUACUUUUUUUUAUUUUUUUUAUUUUGUUUGUGACUUUCUUUUCCACUUGAAAGAAUUACUGGGUGAAUUAAUUGUUUGUCAUUGUAACUAUUUCUCAUCCUGCAAAUAAUGUUGACAUCAUUUAAAAUAAAAAACAAGAUUUCUUUUCUGUACAAUGCUAUUUUAUUCUUUUUUAUUUUAUUUGUAAUCUCAAUGUUAUUUGAGGUUUAUUCCUUACAAACAAAAAUGCAAUGCUAGCUUUGUCUUCUCAACAAAACAAAAACUCUGUGUUUUUUUUUGUUUUCGUCUGUUACAACCAUACAAAAUUGAUUCUGAAGUAUUAAAAAAAUGUUUAUUUUUGGUUUUUAAAUUCAGAAGCAUUUUGACAUGAACUCGGGUUCACACAUAGCCCAUCUACCCGCUGCUGUAACUGGUAAUAUUUUACAGGGUUGUUUGCUAAACUCCACAUUUUUGUGAAUUCAUUUUAAAUGCCAAAACUGAGGCAAGAAUAGUCCAGCUCUGAGAGUUGGAUAAUUAUUCCAGAUGAGCUACCUGUAUCUCAAUUUUGCCAUUUAGAAUUAAUUUGAAGUUUAGUGAAAAAAAACUCUAAGUUGCACUUCCUCACUAUCAAUAGGAAUUAAAGUAGGAAUGCGAUUGUAUAAUUUGAGGCUUAGGUAACUUUGUGUGCAGAACAUGCAAGCACUUCAUUUGUAGUAUAUUCCUCUUAAUUGUUUAGUGAUGAGGUCACUUUAGAAAUAAAAGUGAAAAUUAGAAUAAAAUUUAAUUUGUGCAUUUGCUAGCAAAUUUGGCCAACACCAUGUAUAGAUUAAUUUUGUAAAUGGUGCCACUAUGCCAUGUUACCCCUGCGGGCGUUUGUGCCUGCUAGCUUUUACUCAUAUUUACUUAAUUCCUCAAUCAAUGAAUGCUGACAUAGUAGGCAUUGACUAUGCCAAUGAUCAUAAUAAUCCUUUAUAAUAAAAAUGCAAAAUUAACUGGAAACAAACAAAUUAUCUGCUUUAAUAUUGGGGUUUAUUGAAGUCCCCCUGUGUUUGACAAUAAUUAUGCCUGUUUUCAAAGCUGUGAAUCUGGAAGAUGUAACUCACCUGCGGCUAGCUGCUGGAUCUCACAUUGCAGCUGACAUGCGAGCAGCACUGUUUGCAAGGUUGAGCCUUACUGGAUGUGCAGGAGUUGCAUCCAACAAACUAUUUUCCAAGCUGGUUUCCGGAACAUUUAAACCAAAUCAGCAAACCGUUUUGCUUCCAGAAAGUUCCAUUCAUCUCAUGAACAGCCUUGGCCAUGUGAUGAAAGUUCCAGGUAACUUGGUGUCCAGAUUCUGAACACUAAACAAACCAGUUUAUUUAUUUUUUUAAAUUCUUUAUUUUUUGCAACGGUAUUGAGUAGACAAUGUGAAAGAUUUGGCUCGUGCAAGAGCUCAAUGGCGUUCCAAGAGGUGAGUUUAGUACACAAACAUGCCAAAGUACAUGUGAGAAAUGAAAAAGUAAGAAAUAACUAAACUGCGGGCCGGGAUACCGGUUGUCUCGGCCCAACGAUGGUGGUCAAGGUGGGGGGGGAGGGGGUCAUACUUCAGUCCGUUGUUCGUGUUUGCGUCUCCUUUCUGCUAUUUGGUCUUUAUUGGUCACUGUAGGUCUCCCACGGUUCCCACGUCUUAUUGAAAGCUUUGGUUGUGCCCCUAACUUGGGCCGUGAGUUUGUCCAUAAGAUGGCAUUCUUUAAUCUUCUUGAUCGCUAUUGCUACUGGGGGGAUGUCUUGUUGUAACCAGGUUUGGGCUACUGCUCUUCUGGCCGCUAAGGUUAUUUUGUUAAAUAGUUGUUGGUUUGGUUUGGG